AUCACCCAUACCUAUUUGUCCAUAGAUUCACUAGGCCGGAUCUCUCGUCUAGCCACACUAAGGCCCAAACAUUAUACUGAGUAGUUAGAUCAACUUUCGGUGGGUCCGAAACUCAGCAAAGAACAGCGACUCACCAGCUACUUCCUUCCUUCCUUCUCCCGCUUCCACAACUUCGCCGGAGAAUCCUCCUUCCUCCCCCGAUAAUCGCGACCAAUGGAUUCGAGAAACAUAAUCCACCUCUCUCUCCUCCUCCUCCCACUUCUCCUCUCUCUCCACUUCAAAACCUCCGAAUCCUCCGUCCACAUCUACCCUUCCCAACCCUUCCACGACGUCGGCAACUCCCUCCUCCUCUACGGCGGCAGCGAAGGCAUCUUCGCCUCUUCCCGAUCCUUCAUCAGGUUUGAGAACAUCACUCUCUGGAGAACAAACGACAUACAACGAAAAGGCCGCAACGGCCUAGUCCAAGCCGUUAUCUUCGAAGCCUCGGAUCGCAACAACAUCGGCGGGUCAGCUUACGGUGGACAGAGAUCCAUCUGCUGCACACCAGAUCUCGCCAAGCUACAGGGCUGCAAGCAAGGAGAGAUCAUUAGGAUCCCUUCUUCACACGAUCCAAACUGGCCUAUCCUCUUACGCGCCAAAUUCAAAGGGAAAACAUUAUCUACCAAGAUGGAAGACACUGAGAUUCUAAUCAAGAAAACUGGGAUGUACAAUCUUUUGUUUAUUUCGUGUGAUUCUAAGCUUAAGGGAGUUAAGUUGACAGGGAAGACUGUUUGGAAGAAUCCUGAGGGUUAUCUUCCUGGUAGGAUGGCUCCUUUGAUGAAGUUCUAUGUGUACAUGGCGUUUGCUUAUGUGUUGCUUAGUGUGGUUUGGUUCUUUCAGUAUUUGAGGUUUAGGAAAGAUAUUUUGCAGCUUCAGCAUUGUGUAACUGUGGUUAUUGUUCUUGGGUUGCUUGAGAUGGUGUUUUGGUAUUUGGAUUAUGCGAAUUUUAAUAGUACUGGGAAGAGGCCUUUGGCGCUUACGACUUGGGUUGUUACUAUUGGUGCUGUUAGGAAGACUGUUUCGAGGAUUCUGAUACUUUGUGUUUCCAUGGGGUUUGGGGUUGUUAAGUCGACUCUUGGUGGGCUUACUUCUAAGGUUCUUCUUGUUGGAGGUACUUACUUUGUGGCUUCGGAGAUGCUUGAUAUUGCUGAGAAUGUUGGGAUUAUUGAUGAUGUGUCUGGAAGAGCAAAGCUUUUUCUUGUCUUGCCUGAUGCUUUCUUGGAUGCGUUUCUUAUAUUGUGGAUCUUUACCUCUCUUUCCAGAACACUGGAGCAGCUACAGAUGAAGAGGACUUCAGUGAAGUUGGAUAUUUACAGGAAGUUCUCAAAUGCUCUUGCUGUUUUGGUUGUUACCUCCGUUGCUUGGAUAGUGUAUGAGGUGCACUUCAAAGCAACAGAUCCGUUCAAUGAACGAUGGCAGACUGCUUGGACUAUAACUGCCUUCUGGGAUGUUAUUGCAUUUGUGUUGCUAUGUAUUAUAUGCUAUCUCUGGACCCCAUCACAGAACUCUCAAAGAUACGCUUACUCGGGAGAAGUGGAUGAAGAAAACGAGGAAGUUCAGUCUCUGACAGGGGGGAAACAAGAUGGUGAUAUUAGCUUAGUCAAGCUAGAGAAGAAUACUGACUCGGACACGGAAGAAGAUAUUGAGGAAGAUAAGAGGGAAUGAGGUUGACGACGUCUGUACUUUAAUCCCACAAGUCCAGUGAAGUAGAAACAGUGUCUUUUCAACAUCAAGUCAACUUCAACACAAAGUAACCAAAACGUUUCCUUACAAGAAAUAUCUAUAAAAAAAAAAGAAGACUGCUUGUGUUUUACUGUAUGUUUGUAUCUGAGUUCUAUCCCCGUUUGUUUUCUGAGUACAUAAAAGUAUCUGUUUCUCACCACAAAAUUCAGUUUUCUCAAAUCCAAGUGAUUACUUUUGUUAUUUUUACUAUGCAACAAUCAUUUUAUCAUUUGUAAUGAAUCUAUUUUGGUGUUAUGAGAUUAGGAAGAGAGGGUAUAGAUUUAUUGCCUUCCUUUUUUUUUGUGCA